GGAAAUUAUUAAUCCAUGGAUCAACUCUGCCGAAUAUGUCUGACCUCCAUCGCCGAUUUGAACUCCACAAAUCUUCUCACAUCAACAGUCUCAAGCGAGACAACACUUAUGGAUAUGCUUACCGCAAUCUGCAGUCCGGUAUUUUCCUCAAUCUCAGAGGCUGAGGAUUCUAAAAAGCUACCCCUCGAUGUCUGCCUGGAAUGCACUGGAAAGAUCCUGUCUGCGUAUGAACUGUUCCAGCUUUGCAUCGCUUCCAACAAGAGGCUGCGCGAGAUGUUACUGGAACAGAACAAACCGAUUGAAGUGAUUGAUGCUUACGAUACGGUGGAGGAUGAAGUAGAACCUAGUGAGAGGCCUUCGGUGAAAGUUGAUAAAUCUUGCGAAAUUUGUCACAGAGUGUUGAAAACUUCAAAAUCUUUGUCGAGGCACAUGGCAAAGAUUCACCAAAUCAAAGCUCUUACCUGCGACGAUUGCCAGCAAGAUUUCUACAGCGAAGAAUCGCUUAAAGAGCACAAGCUGUACCAUGAGACGGAACAGGUCUACGACUGUCCUAACUGUGACUCGCGAUUCCCCACCAGCAGUGCCUUAAAAGAUCACCAACAGCAAGUUCACACCGCCGGAACCACCUUCCUCUGCACGACCUGCGGCAAGUCGUUCAACAACCGAAGCAACUUGCGCCAGCACUCCGUUCGCCAUUCGUCCCAAAAGCGAUUCGCCUGCGGCGAGUGUCCGGCCCGGUUUCACUCGAAGGGUUCGCUCAAAAAUCACCAGCUCGUUCACACCAAGGAACGUCCGUUCGGUUGCGACGUCUGCGGGACUCGCUUCACCAUGAAGCACUCUCUGGUGAAGCAUCGCCAGAUUCAUUCCGGAGAGGCUCGCCCAUUUGGGUGUUCCAUGUGCAAGCAGCGAUUCCGGAACAAACACCACCUGGACCGUCACCAGCGGGUUCAUUCCGGAGAAAAACCGUUCAAAUGUAAGCUCUGCGACCGGGCGUUUGCCCAGAGCAACGAUCUGGUGAAGCACAGUCGGACGCAGCAUUUCGGGGAGAAUCUGUAUCCGUGUAGUCGCUGCGAGGCUAGCUUUCGGUUGUUGGUGGAGUUGAAAGAUCACUAUCGAGUUCAUUUUCAAGGGGAGAAGGACCAAAUCGUGGAGGAAGCCGGCGAAGAGGUGCGUUUCACCAGCGUCAGUAUGAUCGAGAGGAGAUUGGAGCAGGAGAAGAUGCGGGAUGAUCUGGGAUCGAGUUGGAGACAGCAAGGAGACGGAAAAAAUCAGGUUCGGACGGAACAAGUGGUGGCGCCAUCGGUGAAUAUUCCGACUCUAUAGAAGGAGUGAACAAAAUUGUAAAUAAAAUGUACAUUUUAUGCUUAAGUUUUGUUCUUAUUUACUUAGUUCUAAUUCAAAAAUUGCCAAUGCUAA